UGCUGCUGCUGCUGCUGCUGCUGCUGCUACUGCUACUGCUACUGCAGUCCCAAUUGCUUUGGCUUAGGAUAUCAUAAACUCCACUGGCAUUGCACCUAUAUAUCUAUGUCAGCGCUGCACAGAUGUUGUGCACACACGUAUCCAAGUUGAGUGUUGACACCUCGCGACGAAGAGGACGACGACGAGGAGUCGCGAACUUGCUGCCUGUGGUGACUGCCAGAGUUUACUGCCGCGCUGCCGCUCCUCUGUGACAGCUCGGCCCAUUCGCAUAUCGUAAACAUCACGACCAACAACCUAAUAACGAUGCUACUGUAACAAUGUGCAAGGCCGAAGGUGCGCAACGACAACAACAACCACGACGACGAGGCCUUUGACGGAGACUGGGGGUCGCGCGUUUAUUAAAAACUCAACUUCCUCGUCGCUGCACUGCCUGCAAUUUAUAAUAUUAUAAAAACAUAAAUUGACAAAAUAUACGUAGAAGCUCUCUGGUGCUGCAGGUGCAUAGCAGCAGAGCUCCAUCAACCCCUAGCAGCAAUACAUGGAACAUAAAGCUAUGUCUACGCAUGGAGGAUGGGUUCAAUUGCAUCGGUGCUGCAGUGGCAUUGCUCGGAAUGCUCUCUGAUAAAUCCAACCGAGACACCUAAAUGUGCAAGGUGUGGCUUGAGUCGUCUCAAAAGUAAUGAAAGGUCUAGAUCAACCGGUACACCACUGUGUAAUUCUCUGACCCAUGAUCCUGAUAAUCCAAGAGCAGAAACUGAUUCUUGCUCAUCCUCCUCGAGGCCUCCAACACCACCACCAAGACAUUGGCUAGUUGAUGAUGUUGAUAACAAUGAUUCCGUAGCUACAUUACCAUUAUCGCCAUGUCCACCUAUAAAAUCAUCUGAGUUUUCACACAGGUCAUGCGUGCAGCGGAAUCAGUAUGAUACUUUCAUUGUUUUAAGUAGCUCAAAAAAUUGUGAUAAAAAUACAAAGAAGAGAGAACGCAGAGGAUCUUGGUCAGAAUCAGUUGAAAAUGAGGCUAAUCUGCACAGAUCAUUAUCGCUACCAUCUUUAGUAACUAGUUGGACGUGCGUGAGGUGUCUAUUUGACAAUACUUGUCGUAGCUCUAAGCCUGCCUGCACAGCCUGCGGCGCAACUUCCUCUGCAUCCCAGACCAAUUCGAUUCAGGUCGGGGUGAGGAAGUGUCGCAGGCUCAACAAAAAAUUCGCUACAACAAGACCAGCUGCAAAAUUGAAUUUAGUCACAAGAGUCACAACGGGUUCAGAAACUCGUGUUCAAGGCACAAAUUCUAGCAAUGUAGAUAAUCAUAGGGAUAGAGGUGACAGGAGCACAGAAAUGGCUCAGCUGUCGAGCAUGAGACGAAGCAGCAACGAUCGCGGCCGCAGCAGCAGCAACGAGCGCGACAAUUGGAGCUUACCGAACGUCAAAGGCCUGCACUCGGGUUCGUCGGCGAGCUACAUCGAUGGCAGUCUCGACAAAUCUAGCAGCAGUGUGCAGCGCUCGCCGAAGCGUCAGAGCCCGUCGAUGUACGAGCGCGUCAAGUCGAAGGUCAGCCGCUCGCUGUCGAACGGCUCGGUGGCCAUUCAGAGAUCGUCGACGAGUAGUGGCGGCAAUGCCACGCGACCGACUAGUCUAAUAGUUGCCGAGAUGGCCCAUCAUCAACAGCAACAUCAGAGGAGGCUCGUUCACGACGUUGACGACGACGACGACGACGACGCCCUGUGGAGCUGCGACAAUUGCACGCUCGACAACGAGCCCGGCCUGGAGCAAUGCGAGGCCUGCGAGGCGCCUCGAAGUCCCGCGCCCCCCUGCAGCGGCGUCGUCAUAAGCGUGCCUGCCUGGGAGCCCAGGGCUUUGGCCUCGGCGGCGGCUGGACCGCUGUCCUACAGGCGCUCGUUCUCCGACGUGGACUCGAUAUCGAGCUCGGCCCAGCAGCGCAAGUCGAACCGACGCAGUCUGAACGACGAGGAGCAGCCGCCCGCGGUGCCGCCACACUCGGCGGGCUUUAACGGCGGAUCCGGCUCUACCAGGACCAAGUACUCGUACAUCGGGAUGGCCGAUCCCGACGUGCCGCCACCGCUGCCGAAGAAGCAAGGUGGAUUACGUGCGCAGCAGCAGAGAGCGGCGCGCAGCGAGACCACGAGUCCGGUGGCGCUCACUGUCACCGAGGCCGCGUCGGCUCCGCUCAGUCCGCUCAAACGCAUGUGGUCCUGCCGCAAGUGCUCCUACGCUUACAAUCCGCUCUGGUCGUCGGCCUGCGACAUCUGUGGCAGUGGCGAGCAGAGCAUAUCCUCCCUCACCGCUAGUGCUGGAAAACGUAGCCUACACUCGCCGAUAGCGAUGUCGCGCGACAGCGUGCGCUACAUACCGACCAAGUCCGCCACUCUGGCUCAGGCCGAGUCGGACCUCGACGACGUCAUCGACACGCCGGCCACGUCGUGGACCUGUCGGAAAUGUACACUGCUGAACGCGGCCUCCCGUUCUAUCUGCGAAGCAUGUGGUGGCUCGAAGCUACGCAGCGUCAAUUAUCAUCUCGAGGACCCGACGCUGAGACGAGGCGAGUCCUGGAUCUGCCCCUCCUGUACCCUGAGAAAUCCGCUGACCUCGUCGACCUGUGGCGCCUGUAAAAAUCUCGCCGAUUUCAUCGAGCUGCCACCGGUGAGGAGAGAAUCGCAACAGCAACAGCAGAUUCCGUUGAUCAUUUCGCAAAGAAGUCCUAGUCCAAGAACGGCGAGCGUGGUCUCUAGCGUAGCCCAAAAAAUAGUCACACCGCGACAUAGAAUAAAUUCCAUUAGGAGUAGAAAUGGUGGUGCUACUGCCGCCGGGGUAACUGGUUCCAGUUCGUCGGAUAAACGACCGUCGAAGGUCCGAGAGUCGAGCUCGCUCCAGUGGCAAUGCAAGCUCUGCACGUACGAGAACAAGAGUACAAACGUCAAUUGCGAGAUGUGUCACAGCUCCAAGACCCUGUCGCAGAUGCAGGCCGACAGACCGAGAAUUCUCAAGGAGCCGGGAACAGCUACUCUGAGAAUACAGCGCCAAGAGAGCGUGGUCAUGGAGAAUCUGCGUCAGCUCGAGGAACGCGAGGCUCUCGACAAGUGGGAGAGGAUCGUUCGUUACUGCAAGGAGACGAACGAGCCCUUCGUCGACGACUCCUUUCCGCCGGCGCCCAAAUCUCUCUACUACAAUCCAGCCGACACGAAGGACAAUCACGUGGUCCAGUGGAAGCGGCCGCACCAGAUCAACGUCGACUCGAGCGUGGACUCGAAGCUGCCCUGGGCGGUGUUCCGCACGCCUCUUCCAUCGGAUAUCUCCCAGGGGGUGCUGGGCAACUGCUGGCUGCUCUCGGCGCUGGCGGUGCUCGCUGAGAGCGACGAGCUCGUGCGUCGCGUGCUCGUGAUGCGCGAGACCUGUCCCGAGGGCGCCUACCAGGUGCGACUCUGCAAGGACGGCAAGUGGACCACGGUGCUCGUGGACGAUCUGCUGCCGUGCGACAAGCGCGGCCACCUCGUCUACUCGCAGGCCAAGCGAAAACAGCUGUGGGUGCCGCUGAUCGAGAAGGCCGUGGCCAAGAUUCACGGCUGCUACGAGGCCCUCGUGUCGGGUCGAGCUAUCGAGGGUCUGGCCACGCUCACGGGUGCCCCGUGCGAGAGCGUGCCUCUGCAGCCCUCGGCCCUGCCCAGCGAGGACGAGCUCGACAAGGAUCUCAUAUGGGCGCAACUGCUGUCCUCCAGACAGGCGAUGUUUCUCAUGGGUGCUAGCUGCGGCGGUGGCAACAUGAAGGUCGACGAGGAGGAGUAUCAGCGCAAGGGUCUUCGGCCCAGGCACGCCUAUUCCGUUUUGGAUGUCCGAGACGUGCAAGGCAUACGACUGCUUCGACUCAGAAAUCCAUGGGGUCAUUACAGCUGGAAGGGCGAUUGGUCGGACGACAGUCCGAUUUGGACGCCGCAGAUGCGAGAGAUGCUGAUGCCGCACGGCGCCUCGGACGGUGUGUUCUGGAUCUCGUUCGACGACGUUCUCCGUUAUUUCGACUGCAUCGACAUCUGCAAGACCCGCGUCGGCUGGAGCGAGGUCAGAUUACGGGGCACAUUGCCGCCUCUAUCGUCUCUGAGGCACUUGUCCUGCGUACUGCUCACCGUGCUCGAGCCCACGGAAACCGAGUUCACCCUGUUUCAAGAGGGACAAAGAAACUCGGAAAAGUCUCAACGCUCGCAGUUAGAUCUGUGCGUCGUCGUGUUUCGUACGCGCUCGCCCGCUGCGCCGGAGGUGGGUCGCCUGGUCGAGCACAGUAAGCGUCAGGUGCGCGGAUUCGUCGGCUGCCACAAGAUGCUCGAACGCGAUCUCUACAUCGUCGUGUGCCUGGCUUUCAAUCACUGGCACACCGGCAUGGAGGACGACACGAAUUAUCCCGAAUACGUGCUGGCCAUUCACAGCUCCAAGCGCUUGCUAGUGGAGCAGAUAUCGCCGCCGGCGUUCGUCUUGGCCGACGCGAUAAUUAGCUUGACCCUAGCCAAGGGUCAGCGGCACGAGGGUCGAGAGGGUAUGACGGCCUAUUAUCUCACCAAGGGUUGGGCUGGGUUAGUAGUGAUGGUGGAAAAUCGUCACGUCAACAAGUGGAUCCACGUUAAAUGCGACUGCCACGAGAGUUACAACGUUGUCUCGACCAGAGGACAAUUGAGAACUGCUGAUAGUGUUCCUCCCCUUCACAGACAAGUCAUAAUAGUGCUAACUCAGCUGGAAGGUAGCGGCGGUUUUUCGAUAGCCCACCGUUUGACCCACCGACUAGCCAACAGCGGCAAUCUUCACGACUGGGGACCUCCCGAUACCCAACACUGUCCACCGAUAGAUACCCAAGUCGAAGGUUUGCACAGUCCCCGUCUCAUAACUUAAGGUGUAGAAACUGCGAUAAUUUGGCCUCACGAAUCGAAACGAAUGGUUCUUUAUCAACGAGUUUUGUUGAGAAAAAAAGCUGUUUAUAUAUACCAAAGGAUGGGAUUAUUCGUACUAGUCCCCAGUGUUAUAACGUAAGAUCUGUAGAAUUUUUUGACUAAGUAUUUCAAACUUUAUGUAAAUGUUUCUGUGUUCCGGUAACCCGUUUAAUAGCAAUUAGCGAGAAUGUGUAUAAAGAGUCAAGGAGACAAAGUUGUAGUUGAAGAUAAAAGUAGAAAUCGUCAACUUUUUUUAACUUCGCGGACUAUGAUAUUUUGUAUUGUUUGGAUCUGAUUAAUUUAAUUGUUUUUCUUUGAGCAUUCACAACUUGUGAUGAUACCAUGUCAUACAUUUUUUUAAUGCAGCAUUUACGCGCUAAAUAAUUAUGAUACACCUAAAUAUACUAAAAUCAUAAAGCUGUAAA